UACAGCUUUGUGGACUCAUCCGUCGCACUACCUGAUCCGGUCGUCGCCUCCACAAGGUAUCUUUCGGAAACAAACUCGAAGGCAUUACAUCAUGUCCUCAGUAACACCGACACCUCAGGACUCCGGUCUUCCUGCACCCGCAACGCCAUAUCGAUCCUCGUCAUUACUAUCAAACACUUCUUCUUCGUCAAAACCGACUAUACUACAUCUUGGUGACGAUAUCCGAUGGAAUCAUGAAUUAUAUGCUAAGCUAAAUGACACGUUCAACAUUGUACGAACAAACUCAAUGGGAAGGGAAGAGUUCAUGAAAGCAUUGAAAGAGAAAAGAUGGGGUGAUUUUGUAGGAAUGUACCGUCCCUUCUGGAACACAGGAGGAGAAAUGGGGAAUUGGGAUAAAGAGCUCAUUGACCUCCUUCCCACCUCUUGCAAGAUCUACGCCUCAGCUGGCGCAGGCUUCGACUGGGUCGACGUUCAAUACCUCGCCUCGCACGGCACCAUAUACUGUAAUAGUGCAUCUGCCUGCACUGAAUCCGUUGCCGAUGCCGCCAUUGUCCUCAUCCUAUCUUGCUUUCGCGCAAUCACCUGGUCCUUCCUUGCAGCACGUUCCUGUGAUCACGAUCAAUUCCGCAACGCAAACCAGAACAUUGCGGCUGUGACGCACAAUCCCAAUGGCAGUACGCUCGGUAUCGUGGGUCUUGGUCGAAUCGGUAUGCGAGUUGCGGAGAAGGCGGCCCGCGCUUUCGAGAUGAAGAUUGCAUACUACGAUGUUGUCAGAAUGUCGGAUAGGGAGAAGGAGAUUGGUGCAAGGUGGUGUGAAACACUUGAGGAGCUUCUGUCCACAUCAGACUGUGUGUUACUUGCUACGCCGUUUUCGGGGGAGACGCUACUUUCUGCAAAGGAGUUUAGCCAGUUUAAACAUGGGGCGAGACUUGUUAAUAUUGCGAGGGGGAAGCUAGUGGAUGAGGAGGCGCUCAAUGUUGCGUUGGAUAAUGGGACAAUUUCGGCGGCUGGGCUCGACGUUCAUGCCAAUGAACCAUAUGUCAAUAAGAGGUUGGCAGAGAGAAGUAAUGUUAUGGUGUUAAGCCAUACAGCUGGAGCGAGUGUAGAGAGCCAUGUUGGGUUUGAGAGAUUGGGUAUGGAGAACUUGCUUGGAUGGUUGGAGAAGGGGGAGAGUGGUUGUUUGAGUGCAGUAAAUCUGGCGUGGUUGAAGAGGCAGGAAUGAAAGUUGUUGCCAACUUAAUGGCGUUACUAGUAGAUGUGAGUAUGUGGAUAUGAGAUAGGGUGUGGAUGGAUUUAGAUCUGGUGAUGUUCCCUCGUAUUGAUGUUCUCCGCCAGCAUAUCAAGACU